AUGGCUCAAAUAUUCCAUCUCGCUCAAGGUCACUUCAUCGAAUUGCUGGACAUAGGGCCUAUUGGACCAGACAGGAACUGGAAGGGCAUUGGCAUCUCUAUCCUGGUUAUUGCUCUGGUGCUUUCCCUGAUCGGCCUGUCAAUUGUUCUUCUGUCAAAAGAUGAUGGUGGUAAACACUCUGGUUCACAGCUGACAGUGGAUGACCUCUUUCAAAGAGACUUUCAAAUACACGAUCCUGAUGCAAAGUGGAUCAGUGAGGAGGAAAUCAUCUAUCGGACCUGGGAUGGAGACGUUUUGAAGAUCAACAUACAGAACAACGAGACAGACCUCCUGCUGAAAAACACAACUUUUGCAACUUUUAAGGCUUCAAAGUUUGCAGUUUCUCCAGAUCUGAACUUUGUUCUUCUGGGAUAUGAUGUCAAGCAGGUCUACCAGCACUCUUUCUUGGCAUCAUAUCUGAUCUACAACUUGUACACAAGAGAGGUUCGAGAGCUGAAUCCUCCAGAGGUGUCAGAUUCAGUCCUUCAGUUUGCUUCAUGGGGCGUUCAUGGUCAGCAGCUGAUAUACAUAUUUGAAAACAACAUUUACUACCAAACGGAUGUUCAGAGCAGCUCAUGGAGGCUCACAUCUUCUGGACAGGAGGGAAUCAUUUUCAAUGGCAUCGCAGAUUGGCUGUAUGAGGAGGAAGUGUUGAACACUCAAGUGGCUCACUGGUGGUCACCUGACAGCUCCAGACUUGCCUACCUCACCAUCAAUGACUCCCUGGUCCCUAACAUGUUCCUGCCCCGCUUCACAGGCUCUCUCUACCCCCGGGGGACGGAGUACCCUUAUCCAAAGAUGGGUCAAAUUAAUCCCACCGUCAGACUCCAUGUGGUCACUCUGGAUGGCAGCUCCCUAACGACUGAACUGAGACCUCCUGAUAGUUUUGAAAAGAGUGAGUAUUACAUCACUUUGGUGAAAUGGGUGACUCAGGAGAAGCUGACUGUGCGUUGGGUGAAUCGAGCUCAGAAUAUGUCGAUUCUUUCACUGUGUGACGUCACCACGGAUACCUGCACAAAGAAACAUGUGAUGACAUCAGAGAAGUGGCUUGAUCGGCAGAAUGAAGAACCAGUGUUUUCCAAGGAUUGCACAACAUUGUUCAUCACUAUGCCUUUACAACAAGGAGGCCGCGGGACAUUCAACCACAUCACCGUGAUCUCCAACCAAUCCGACGGUCAAGAGGUCAACCUCCGCCACCUGACCUCAGGAAGCUGGGAGGUUUCUCAAAUUCUGGCGUAUGAUGAGAGCACAAACUCAAUUUAUUUCCUGAGCACAGAGGAUGAUGCAACACAACGGCAACUGUACAGGGUCUCGACUGUGGAUCCAUUUCAUAAAGAAUGCCUCACCUGCUCCCUCUUCAAAUCACAGUGCAGCUACUAUGACGCUACGCUCAGCCCAAACUAUCAACACGUCCUUCUCAACUGCAGAGGUCCUGGAAUACCCAAAACUACUCUUCACAAACUAAAUGAUUUGAAUAACUACAAGAUUCUGGAGAAGAACACAGUAUUAAGACUUGCUCUGAUUACCAGGAAAAUACCCAAAUGGGAAAAAAGGACUCUGCAAAUCAACAACUUUGAACUUCAUCUGGAAUUAACGGUGCCAAUAGAUUUUGAUGAAACCAAGGAGUACCCGCUUUUACUGAUGCUUGACAGCACCCCCGGUGGUCAGAUGGUGAAUGACCGCUUUGGUCUCACCUGGGACUCUGUGCUGGUCAGUGCUGACAGCGUUAUCGUGGCUCGUCUGGACGGCCGAGGCAGCGGCUUUCAGGGCCAGACGAUCCUGCAAGAUGUUCACCACAGACUGGGGACUGUUGAUGUUCAGGACCAGAUCACAGUUCUGGAGCACCUGAUCAGACUACCUUAUAUUGAUGUCAACAGAAUUGGAGUUUAUGGAAAGGCAUAUGGAGGCUUCCUUACCUCGCUCCUAGUCCUCUCCUACAGCUCUGUUUUCAAAUGUGGCGUUGCUGUUGCUCCUAUAACAAACUGGAGACUAUAUGGGUCUGCCUUCAGUGAGAAAUACUUUGGCUCUCCAGUGAAGGAGGAUCAAAAAUAUCAAAUUUCCAGCCUGCUCCGUAACAUCUCAGGACCAACUCCGCUGAAAUUCCUUAUUAUCCACGGCACAGCAGAUGCCACUGUUCACUUCCAGCACUCUGCUGAGUUGGUCAAACUGCUGUCCGCAUCAAAUGUUAACUACACUCUCCAGAUUUUCCCAGAUGAAGGACACAAUAUCGCUUCUGUCAAGAGCCAACGCUACAUGCUAAACUCAUUGAUCACCUUCUUCAAGCUCUGCUUCCAGGAGGAGAUGGUUGUCGAUCCAGAGGCUUCUGAAGACGACGAUGACGACGAUUAG